AUGCUCCCAGUGGCGGUGGAGGCAGCUACCUGCGCGAACUAUGACAGCACCAACGAGUCGUACUGCGUUUCGAUGAACGACGGUGGUUGUGCAUGCGUGUGGGCGGCCAACACAUCCGCGUGCAGCCAGGGUACUGUGUGCGAUGGAGUGGGGAUCACCAGCGUCGGGGACGAGAACACGACCAACACAACGACCACCACCACAAGCAACGGCGCCAGCAUGGUCAGUUCGAGCCAGUGGACGGCUCCAGGACUUCGUGCACUGGCCUGCGCCACCCGGAUCGCGAAAGGGGGCCGGGGCCGUUUCGACCCGCGGUGGGGAAUGGUGAUUUUCAAGUAUGGUGUCAAUGGAAUCGGCAAGGUUGAGUCGUGA